AUCCGUGUCUCGGGCUCGAUUGAGGAUCCUGUAGAGAGAGAGAGAGGGGUUGGUGAUGUGAUUAACGGUAUCGGAGAGUUUUUAAAUAUUUUAACGUGUCGGGAAUAGACGUGGUGGCGUGGUUGAUAUCGGACGCGGUGUGAAACGUGGGAUUUUUUUUUUCUGUAAAGUGCGUUUGUUUGUGGGGGUUUUUUCCCCCCUCCAUGUGGCUGUCAUUCAAAUGGAAUCUCAGUUAGCAUUGAGCUAAGCUAAUCUGCUAACUAGCACGCCUUUGCUCGGCUGUGCAGGAGUCCGCGCUGCUGUGAGAGAGAGAGAGAGAGAGAUCCACGCUGGAGUUCCGGAUUUAUUUUUUUAUUAAGUAGUCUCGGAUUGAAUCCCCUCCCGGGGCUCAGAGGCGCCUCAGCGGCGGUGUGCUGUGCUGUGCACCGCAGUCUGCGUCAGCCAUGAGGUGCAGUGAGGGAGAGCAGUGAGUGAGGCGGGCGGGUUUAACCCGGGUUAUUUGUGGCCCUGGAGGAAAGCUGGGGGCCAUCCAGGGCCUCACAGACUCUCAGCGCAUCCGCAGCCUCGCUCAGUCCGACCCGGAGGAUUUCCGCCACUCGGUCGGCGUCACCACUCUCUGCUUCAGACUUGGUUUUGUUUAAUUUGUUUUGUUUUUUUGUGCGCAUGCUCACACCGGUCAUAAAAUGGAUCUGAAUUUUUACUCGGAUCUGACGGACGGAACCGGACAGCCGGGGGACCCCGAGUUCCUGGACGCACAAGCCUUUAACGGGUUUGAUACAGUUCAGAAGUUUGCUGGAGGAAGCGACAACUUUUUGCCCAUCAGUGGAGAGGGCCAUCCUUUCCUGUCGUCCUCCGAGGUACCGCUCCACUCCACAUACUCCCUUCAAAUCCAGGAUGCUGAGACUUUCCAUACUCCCAGUUUGGGCGAUGAGGAAUUUGAGAUCCCGCCCAUCUCCCUGGACCCUGACUCUGCUCUCAGCGUUUCGGAUGUGGUGUCGCACUUCGGAGAGCUGGGCGAUGGUGGUCCAGCCCCUGUCGUCCCCGGCAACGCUGUGGUGCAGGGUGACGACCCUUCCUUUGCCUCCACCUUUGUAAACCCAACGACACAAGGGCUUGAGCAUUUGAGCCUGAUGACUCAGCAGGGAGGGGGACCGAUGCUGGGAUCAACUCUGGGAAUGGAUCUUGGACAUCCCAUUGGCUCUCAGUUCAGCAGCUCCUCCUCCAUGACCAUCGAUGUGCCACUCCCGGACAUGAACCACGGCCUGCUGGGGCACAAUCCGCUGACCACCAUUGACCAGUCAGAGCUCAGCGCACAGCUGGGGCUCAGUCUCGGGGGCGGGGCCAUUCUGACACCCGCACGCUCACCUGACCAGCCGCUGUCAGCCACCGGCUCGCCUUCAGAGUCUCUGCAGGAUGACGACAUGGAUGACUUCAGAAGAAAGAGCGUGCUGGUGGAGUCCCCUGUCUCUCUCUCCGUCUCUCCCAGGGUCAUCUCUCUCUCCCCUGCUCUCUCAGAGCAGUCUGCUACAUCUGUGCCAUCCGCUCCGCCCACCCUGGCCCGUAAAGCUGUUGGUGGUGGAGGAGGAGCCAGAAAAACCAGGAAGAAAAAAGAUCCCAACGAGCCCCAGAAGCCAGUUUCGGCUUAUGCAUUGUUCUUCCGUGAUACACAGGCAGCUAUCAAGGGCCAGAACCCCAACGCCACGUUUGGAGAGGUGUCAAAGAUUGUCGCCUCCAUGUGGGACAGUCUGGGAGAGGAACAGAAGCAGGUUUACAAGAGGAAGACUGAAGCUGCUAAGAAAGAGUAUCUUAAAGCACUGGCAGCUUACAGAGCCAGUCAGCUGUCACAGCCCACUAUUGAGGUGCUGGACACGGCACCUUCUCCACCCGUCGCUCCUGUUGUGACUGCCGCCCCUGAGACUCCACCCCCUCAGCCGACGCCCACACGCUCCAGCCGCAUCCCAGUGCACGCGCCCGACAACAACACCAUCACCAACAUCUGCACGUCAAACAUCAUCAUCGACCUGCCACAGGUGACCACGCGCUCUCGCACGUUUGCCCACAAGCCGCCCGCUUCCUCGGCUCCACCCACCGCACCGACCCCGACUCUGUCCACGGUCACCAAGAUCAUCAUCCCUAAGCUGCCUUCAGCCCGCCAGCCGCCGCCCCUGCAGCAGAUGCAGAACACGCCGCCGCCGCCACGCCUCCAGCAGAUGGUGCAUUCUGUUGCCCCGCCACCGCUCCAGGCCAAACCUCGUGGAGGGGGUGCGGUCGGCCAGGCCAUCGCCCCUGUUGCUGCAACACCACCUCCACCUCUGCAGAUCAAGAUAGUCCCUGCUCCUGCCCAGGCAGAUGUGGCUACACCCAUUAUUGUGACCAGCGCCACAGAGGCACCCACAGACACCGCCACCAUGGAGGUGGACGUGGCGCAGCCUGCCACUAUAGUCACCACAGAAGCAGAAGAAGGGAUGGAGGUCGAGCUGAACAGCUCUCCAGCACAUGAGGUCACUCCCCCUGCAGGUCCUGCUGUGUGCGUGCGCGCCGGCUGCAACAACCCGCCAGUGGAAAGCAAAGACUGGGACAGGGAAUACUGUAGCAACGAGUGUGUAGCCACACAUUGCAGGGAUGUGUUCAUGGCCUGGUGUGCGAUCAGAGGACAGAACUCCACCACCGUCACUUAAAAGCCAGCGCACCGGUCAUCGAGCGAGGCAGGGAUGAAAGCAGGAAGAGAGAGAAAAGUGGCAUGUGUAUUUAUAGAUGGGAAAAACUUGUAAGGGAAUAUUUUUUGAUUCGGUUCUUGUUCACGACUUGCAUCUCAAGCCAACAGUGAAUGUGAUUGAUUUUUAAAGGGAUAAGUCGACCAGUCAGCAUCAGUAUGGCUAAUUGUGCAUCCAGCGUAGUAUUUAUUAGCGGUACUGAUUAGCUACGUGGUUGAGCUAUCCAUUUAAGCACAAAAGUGAAGACGGAGUCCACAUUUCAUUCCUUUGGAGUUUAGGAAAAACUCUCAUGAAAAAUCCUUAAAUUUGUAAACUUGAGAAGAGAAUUACAAGCCCUGAAAGGUUUGGAAAGCAAGCAUGAAAUGAAGCAUUUGAAAAACGUGACUUGGUAGUUUUGUCUAAUUAAUUCCAUCUUCUUCCAAAAUGUGCGCAUCCAAUAUGUUUAGUUUAAAAAGGGGGGGGGGGGAGAGAGAUGUAUAAUUUUCACAUCGCUCACCAAAAAGGCACUACAUUUUUGAUCCGCCAGUGAGUGAAAUAUGGAUGGAAGCUGACCUUAUAAAAUGGCCAUGACAGACUUUUUAAAGUUAAACUUAAUUUCAGUCUUUCUAAAAUGUGCCGUUAUGCGGACUGAGUUUGUGUCUCACUUGUGAGUUCAUGGAGGAAGAAGAAGAAAAGGCUCAAAUGUCAGGUGUGAAGGACUAGCUCUGUUAAGUACAGUCGUAAUUUGCUGUACUGUAAUUUCUCAACCACAUAAGGCAGGGGUGAUAGCGUUCCGGCGCGCCG